CUCAGACAUAUAGUCACACGCUCACACGCAAAAAAAAACGCCUGCAAUAAGCCAAUAAUAGCCUAGCUCCCAUCACACUCUUUCAUACCAUGGUUUGUUUCAUCACUCUCCUGAACUGAUGAGCCAUCAUCAUAUGUAUUACUAAAAAUCUUCCUCAUCAUCAGAUUGUUGCUAACCACCUCGGCGAUGGGCGUACUGCACCACCGCGGCCACCACCACCACCAUCAUCAAACUCUCACAGCCUUAACAACAUUUCUCUUAUUUGCCUCAGCUGCCACUGCCGUCACUCUUUCUUUACUAGGCACUAGUGAAGCUGAAGCGGAGAGAGACAAAAGUGAUGCAAAAGGAGAAGUAUUUGAACAAGGUUUUGGGGUUAUUAUUAGUAGUAGAAGAAGACUAGGCUUGGGUUCAUCACCACCCACGUGUAGAUCCAAGUGUGGAAGGUGCUCACCGUGUAAGCCAGUUCACGUGGCGAUUCACCCUGGUGUGACCACUCCACUAGAGUACUACCCUGAAGCUUGGCGAUGCCAGUGUAAGAAUAAGCUCUACAUGCCUUAACAAAACAAAGAAAACCACACCAUGAUGAGCAAGAGCAAGCAAAACACUGGAGAAAACAACAAAAACAAAGUAGAUAUUUUUGUGUAAUUUUAGCUAUCUUUUAGUGGUUUACCUACUUCUACUUGCCUUGCCUGCGGCUUUGGUGGUUCUUUUUAGGUUAUUAUUACUGGGAUGGUUUUGCUUUACUUUGAGGGAAAAGAGGAAUCGUUGGGAAUGUAAGAAGUUAAUUUUAGGUUAUAUUAUCGAGAGGGAUAGAUCUCUAUCCUUCUCCCUCUCUGUUAGCUUAUGAUGAUGAUAUUUUUGGUCCUUAAUUUAUUUUUUGGAUUUGCAUUAAUGUGAAAUGGAAGUUAAAGCUGUAAUUAACA